GCACGUCACAAGCGUCGGUCAGGUGGAACUGCGGGGCGGGCCAACAGACUGCGGGGCCGGUCGGUGGUCUCGGUGUUAUCUCAGGUCCCACCGAUCCGACCCCUGCCGUCGCUGCUGCCAUGACGGGGCUAGCGCUGCUCUACACCGGGAUCUUUGUGGCCUUCUGGGCCUGCAUGAUCGUCGUGGGAAUCUGCUACACCAUUUUUGACCUGGGUUUCCGCUUUGAUGUGGCAUGGUUCCUGACCGAAACUUCUCCCUUCAUGUGGUCGAAUCUGGGCAUUGGCCUAGCGAUCUCCCUGUCUGUGGUUGGAGCAGCUUGGGGCAUCUAUAUUACCGGUUCUUCCAUCAUUGGGGGUGGGGUGAAAGCCCCCAGAAUCAAGACCAAGAACUUGGUUAGCAUUAUCUUCUGUGAAGCUGUGGCCAUCUAUGGCAUCAUCAUGGCAAUUGUCAUUAGCAACAUGGCUGAGGUAAGAGAAAACCAGAGGGGAAGGCAUCCAUCCCGAUGA